GUUUCACUUCAUGACUCUGCCCCUGCCUGAUACAACACAGACUAUACGCAGCUACAUCCAUUACAUUCACCCCGUAGGCGAGGACGGUCAGAUCCGUUGCUACAAGCACAACGUCGUCUCUCCUCCCCGCACCGUCCAGAGCGGCCCGAACGAGGGAAGGAAGUUCUAUACGUGUUACAAAGAUCGUUCGGACCCGGGUCACUGCGGCUUCUUUCUCUGGGCAGACGAGCCCGCAUUGAAGCAGCAGCCUAGAGGAACGCUCGUAUACCCGCCUACGCCCAAGGCGACACCAUCGCCUCCACCUCCACUCACCCCUAGCUCAAGCCCCGCUGUCCCAACCUCAUUCGCCGAGAUGAGGUCAAACCGCGCGACCCCCACAGGGCCCGCCAAUCCACCAGCUACUCCCCAAAGUCUCAAGAGGCCUCGACAUCCCUCGAGCCCUUCCUCGAGCCAGAACCCUCCGCCGAUGACGCCCGAGAAACAGCGCCGUCUCGCCGCCAUUCAAGCCGCGCUCUCGGAAAGUCAAGAGCGCGCCGGGACGCACGCAUAUAUGCCCUCCUCUCCCAUCUCUUCGCGGUAUGGUGCAAGCCAGAGCCAGACGGAAGACGAGAGCCAGUCAUACGACAUGCCCCCUCCCACCAAGCUCUUCCCUUCAAACGCCUCCUCUUCUAAGCAUUCCAAGGCCUCCUACUCCAAAGUAGGCGGUAAAUUCAACGACGACAUUGACGAGGGUGAUUCCGAGGACGAGUUCUGGCUUGCCGUAAGCCGUGAUCCCAUUCUCAGCGACGACUCGCAGGGCACUUCGAACCCUAGCCCCGCCAAGCGUCACAAGCCAGAUCCAGCGUCGGCCAAGAUGUCUGGGUGGAACAGGAUCCAGAGCGAUCCGGAGAACCCAUUCCACGUCCGCUCCGCCGCCCUGCGCGCCAGCACCAGCGCGUCCUCCACCCCUCGACAACAAACCCAAAGCUCACCGCAAAAUGAGGCGACCCCGGUUGUAGCCCAAGUACCAACGCCAGCCCCCAGCGAUGAUGUCUCGGCCACCUCCAUCUCUACCCUCGUAGCCCAGCUCUCCUCUGUCCCCGCCUAUGUCUCGAAGCUCGAGCGCCGGCUCGCAGCCGCGGAGAAGAGCAACAUUGCCAAGCUGGACCGGAUCAAGGAGCUUGAGAUACAGCUGGGGAAUGCGGAGGCUCGGUGCAGGUACCUAGAAGAGUCCAACGCUGCGCUCGCCGCGCGCCAUCCGGGCACUCCCCGCAAGCCAUGAGGCGUUCCUUCGUCAAGAUGUUACUCGGACUUGGCUCAUAGCCUUAUCCGCUGCCGUACGCCUUCUUCGCGGCUACUAACCCGCCUUCUUUAUUCUGCUACUGUGUCCUGCUGUCACUACCGCUACGAGGGAUACUGGCUCACAGACUGGGCGAGUUCGAGGCUGCAUGUCCCCUGGUCGGGUUAGAGCCUCAGCGAGCUUAGAUCGUGGUUGAGCUUUUCCCCUUCAUUAUUUAUUCGCUGCUUUCGCUACCUAUCC